AGAUGUUGGACGAGGUCUCGAGGAAGAUAUGCCCCGAUCUCCGACAUUUUGUCGUUUUCUCGUCCGUCUCAUGCGGCCGAGGAAACGCUGGGCAAACUAAUUAUGUGAUGGCUAAUUCAAUUAUAAAGAGAAUAUGCGAGAGAAGAGUACAAGACGGAUUACCCGGAAUGGCUAUACAAUGGGGCGCGGUGGGUGAUGUUGGACUUGUUGCCGACAUGCAAGAGGACAAUAAGGAACUUAUCAUCGGCGGUACACUGCAACAAAGAAUACAGUCCUGUCUUGAUUCACUGGACACUUUCCUGAUGCUGAAUCGACCGAUCGUUUGCAGUAUGGUUGUGGCUGAAAAGCGCGCGGGCUUUGGCGGAAUUAUGGAUGUUUAAGAGGCUGUAGCAAACAUCAUGGGGAUGGAAGAUUUAGAAACGAUUGGACAAAACACUCCAUUGUCUGAGCUCGGUAUGGAUUCGAUGAUGGCGGUGGAUAUCAAGCAAACUUUACAGCGGGAAUUCGAUAUUUUCCUCACCGCGCAAGAUAUUCGUAAACUCACUUUAGCAAAACUAAAAGAUAUGGCCGACGAAAACAAACGUUUUGCAGAGGACACUAAUGACAUUGUAGAUUUGGAAAGUGGAAAAUUAUUG